UUUGUGUACUAGGCUAACUCCCCCAUUCCUCUCCACACCACGACAAGGAAAAAAAAUAAUUCUCUUCUCCGCGCUCUUGAUCUCUUCCUCCCAUCUCCAGUCUCCAUCCUCCCCAAGGCUGCUUUCGCAGGAUCCAAAUCCGACCUCGCGCGCAGCCACUGGCCUGUAGACCCCGCGCUCACUUCUCCUUCCCUGCCAAUGCCCUGUUCCUGCUCAGCUUCCCUCUUGGUCCGUCGAAUUCGAUCCAGCGGGCGCCAAGAUUUGAUCCGGAGGGUCCAUUUCCGCGGGUCAUUGCGUUCCUACCUUCGGAUUUGUGGCAGCUCUCGAUCCGUAGGUGGUUGGGUUCAGCGGAGAGAAGGGUCCAAUUCCAAAAAAGAACACUCUUGCCCAAAUGCGUAGGAUUAGUGUAGCUGAUUCGUAGCUGGCUGUUGCUGCUGUUAUUAUUCUUCUUGUACCAUUGGUGUGCGAUUCGUGUCCGGGGUUCGCGCGGAAUCUGGGAGCGUGGAGAUUUGGGAGGUGUUCUCCUUCCUGUGCUCUAUGAGGAGCAGCAUCCUGUCGGAGUCGCCCUGCGACGAGCAGCACAUCCACGGCUUCAACCCGCAGUCGUGGCUGCAGGUGGAGCGGGGAAAGCUGCCCAAAUCAUCCUACUCGUCUUCCUCAAUUGAGUCACUCAUAAAGAUUGCCGAGCCCCCUGUAGUACCACUGUAUAAACCCUUGAAUUACGUGGAGGUGCUGUCGAGGAUCCACGAGGAACUCGAGCAAUGCACAGCGAUCGAGCGGCCUGGGCUGUAUUUGAUCCAGUCCCAGGUGUUUCGGGGCCUUGGCGAGCCGAAACUGCGCCAGAGGAGCUUGCAUUCUGCGUGGCGCCACUCCGGGACUGUGCACGAGAAGGUCAUAUUUGGGGCAUGGCUGCGGUACGAGAAGCGUGGGGAGGAGAUCAUAGCUGACGUCCUCGCGUCGUGCAGGAAGUGCUGUCGGGAGUUCGGACCGAUUGAUGUUGCUUCCGAGAUGCCCAUGCGGAAUUUUGAGAUAGUUGGUUCAGAAAUGGAUUUGACGUCGCAUAUUUCCUCCAUCGUAACUUUCCAAAUAAGGGAUGGGAGGGUGACAUGUGACAGGUGUAAGAUCGCCGCUCUAUCCAUCCCGUUUUGCUCAAUGCUUAAUGGACCGUUCACUGAGUCGCAACUUGAGCUUGUUGAUUUGUCAGAGAAUGGCAUUUCGUUGGAGGCCAUGAGGGCUGUUUCAGAGUUCAGUUGUACACAAAGGUUAGGAGAUUUGCCUUUGGAAAUCUUGCUGGAGAUGCUGGUGUUUGCAUGUACAUUUUGUUGUGACAAGCUAAAAGACGCAUGUGACAGGAAACUGGCUUCAUUUGUUUCAUCAAGGCAUGAUGCAGUCGAGCUCAUGGCAUUGUCAUUUGAAGAAAACGCGCCGGUUCUUGCCGCUUCCUGUUUACAAAUGCUUUUACAGGAUUUACCAGAUUGUCUAACCGAUGAGCUUGUUCUUAAUCUCUUCCUGAGUGCAACUGAACAGCAACAAAAUAUCAUGGCUGGACAUGCCUCCUUUUUAUUGUACUGCUUGCUUAGUGAAGUCACAAUGAACAUUGAUCCGAGGACAGAGACAACUGUGCUCUUGUCAGAGAAGCUAGUUCAAUUGGCAGUAACUCCUUCACAGAAACAAAUUGCUUUUCAUCAGCUUGGGUGCAUUAGACUUCUGAGAAAGGAGUACGAUGAAGCUGAACACCUAUUUGAGGUUGCCUUCUCUGCUGGUCAUGUGUAUUCCAUGGCUGGUCUUGCUAGAAUCUCUGCUAUAAAGGGCAAAAAGGUUUUGGCUUACGAGAAGCUCAGCUCAGUAAUAUCGUCAAGUGUACCACUAGGAUGGAUGCAUCUUGAGAGAUCAUUGUAUUCAGAAGGUGAUAGAAAGUUGGCAGACCUUGAUAAGGCAACGGAGCUGGACCCUACUCUUACAUACCCUUACAUGUAUCGGGCCACAUCCUUGAUGAGAAAGAAGGAACCUAGACUUGCCUUAGAUGAAAUAAAUCGACUCUUAGGUUUCAAGUUAGCGUUGGAGUGCCUCGAGCUUCGAAUUUGUCUAUAUUUAGCUCUUGAGGACUACAAAUCUGCACUUUGUGAUAUCCAUGCAAUUCUUACUUUAUCUCGUGAGUACCGGAUGUUGGAAGGACGUGUAGCCGCUUCCAAGAUAGGCACUCUUCUCGGGGCACAUGUUGAGCAGUGGAAUACAGCUGAAUGCUGGCUCCAACUUUAUGAACGCUGGUCAUCAGUGGAUGAUAUUGGCUCGCUUUCAGUGAUCUACAAGAUGCUUGAGUCAGAUGCAGCAAAAGGUGUUUUACACUUUCGGCAAUCUUUGCUGCUCCUUAGGUUGAACUGUCCUGAGGCAGCAAUGCGAAGUCUGCAAUUGGCUAGGCUACAUGCUGCAACUGAGCAUGAACGGCUGGUAUAUGAAGGAUGGCUUCUGUAUGACACGGGACACUGUGAGGAGGCCCUGCAAAAAGCAGAGGAAUCUAUAUCUAUUCAAAGGUCAUUUGAGGCUUUCUUUCUGAAAGCCUAUGUUCUGGCUGACUCAGGGGUUGAUCCUUCUUAUUCUGCAAAUGUUAUAUCACUUCUUGAAGAUGCAUUAAAGUGCCCCUCGGACCGACUUCGGAAGGGCCAGGCUUUGAACAACCUUGGUGGCGUCUAUGUUGAUUGUGGGAAGUUAGAUUCAGCAGCUGAUUGCUAUACAAGUGCGUUGAAAAUCCGACACACCAGGGCCCAUCAAGGUCUUGCUCGUGUUCAUUUUCUCCAGAAUAACAGGGAUGCUGCAUAUGAUGAAAUGACAAAGUUGAUAGAGAAAGCUAAAAACAAUGCUUCAGCUUAUGAGAAGCGCUCAGAGUAUUGUGAACGAGAACAGACUAUGUCAGAUUUGGAAAAAGUGACCCAAUUGGAUCCAUUACGUGUUUACCCAUAUAGAUAUCGAGCUGCAGUACUAAUGGAUAGCCACAAGGAGGAAGAGGCAAUAGCAGAGCUCACAAGGGCGAUUUCCUUCAAAGCGGACCUCAACCUAUUGCAUCUUCGGGCGGCGUUCCAUGAGCACACUGGGGAUGUCCCUAGCGCUCUUCGUGAUUGUCGAGCCGCCCUCUGUUUGGACCCAAAUCACCAAGAAAUGCUGGAACUUCAGAAACGUGUGAACAGCCAAGAGCCCUGACAAAAGGUCGUGCUAAAUUGUGUCUUCUAUGCCACCAUUGUUAUUCCACAUAGGUGAUCCUCUUGACAUCCUUGACUUCAUUCAAGUUUCUUCGUCUGCUAGUUAACCACUGUAAUAUGAUGUUCUUGGCAAGUUGGAGAAAACUACUUCUUUUGAAAGGCAACAUCGACCAGGCUUAGCCAUUGAUGCAUGUGGCCUUUGUAAAAGUAAUGCCUAAUCAUUGAACUCUACUGGAGAAGAUUCUUUUCGUGCAAAAUGUAACUUUCCAA